AAAGACCCUCAGAUGUUAGUCGUUCAUUAACUUUUUUGUAUAAAAGACUUCACUUCUGUGGAUUUGUCACAUCCAAAAUGGACAGGCAUUUUUUUGUCACUUGGCUGUUUUUUUCUUCACUACAAGUAUUUGUGGAACCUGCGGCACCUGAGAAUGCCAUCGAAAUCUACAGCCUGCAUGUGGACUGCAAAGUCACCUCACGAUAUGCCCACACAGUAAUCACCAGCAGAGUUGUCAACAGAGCGAAUGAAUCCCAGGAGGCUCUUUUUGAAGUGGAGUUACCCAAGUCAGCUUUCAUCACAAACUUUAGCAUGACAAUAGAUGGAGAAACAUAUCCUGGAAUAAUCAAGGAGAAGAAAUCUGCACAAGAUCAGUAUGAUGCUGCGGUUUCACAAGGACAGAGUGCUGGACUGGUCAAAUCAACUGGAAGAAAACUAGAACAGUUUCGUGUUUCAGUCAAUGUUGCAGCAGCUGCCAAAGUUAACUUUGAACUCACAUACGAGGAACUUCUAAAGCGAAAGCUGGGAAAGUACGAACUGCUGAUCAAGGUCAAGCCCAAACAACUUGUUAAACACUUUCAGAUUGACACCCACAUAUUUGAACCACAAGGUAUAAGUGCACUGGAAACUGAGAGCACUUUCAUCACCAAUGAACUGAACAAUGCUCUAAUAAAGGUGCAGAAUGAGACAAAGGCCCACAUUUCAUUUAAACCAACCAUAGAUCAACAAAGAAAAACCCCUGGACUGGAUGACACACUGCUCGAUGGAGAUUUUCUCAUACGUUAUGAUGUUAAAAGGAGUGAGACUGCAGGUGAUAUACAGAUUGUUAAUGGAUAUUUUGUGCAUUAUUUUGCACCCAGUCAAAUGCCAGCAUUUCCCAAAAACGUGGUCUUUGUCAUAGACACGAGUGGAUCUAUGGGGGGGAAGAAAAUACGGCAGACAAAAGAGGCAAUGAAAAAGAUUUUGGAAGACCUUAAUCCUGAAGAUUACUUUAGCUUAGUUCUUUUUAGUGGAACUGUGAGGUUAUGGACUUCAUCUUUGUUGCAAGCUACAGAGGAGAACGUGGAACGGGCUAAACGACAUGUUGAGACCAUUUCUGCUGGAGGAACAACAGAUAUUAAUGGUGCUCUUCAGAAGGCAAUACACUCACUGGACAAAGACACCACAGCUGAGCUAUUGCCAGACCAAAGCAUUUCCAUGAUAAUUUUGCUGACAGACGGUCAACCUACUACUGGUGAAACAAACAUUGAUAAGAUUCAAAGAAACAUACGGGAAGCUAAUGAGGGGAAGUACUUCCUCUACUGCCUUGGCUUUGGGUUUGACGUCAGCUACACAUUUUUGGAGAAGAUGGCUUUAGAAAAUGGGGGAGUGGCUCGCCGAAUAUACGAGGACUCAGAUGCAGCCUUGCAGCUCCAGGGCUUUUAUCAAGAGGUAGCUACGCCUAUCCUGAAAGAGAUUGAAAUGAAGUACCCAGACAAUGCCGUACUGGAAGUAACUCAGAAUAAUUUCAAGUUGCUCUUUGAUGGCUCUGAAAUUGUUGUAGCUGGAAAGCUCGGCAAUGACGUUGAUGAUCUUCCUGUGGAAAUUAAGGCUAAAGGACAUGCCAGUGAACUUACUCUUAAAGAAGAGGCAAAUAUAAGAGAAAAGGAGCAAGUAUUUCAGCAUCAGAAAUACAUCUUUGGAAAUUUCAUUGAGAGAUUAUGGGCCUACUUGACAAUUCAGCAGCUGCUAGAAAAAUCUGCUUCAGCUGAUGGAGAACAGCGGGAAAACCUGGAAGCUCAAGUUUUGAACAUCUCCUUGAAGUUUGGAUUUGUUACACCCCUCACUUCCAUGGUGGUCACCAAACCUGAUGCUCAAGAGGUGGCAAACAAGCCUACAGAGGCAGAUAAUGAGAAUGUAAACACUGCUGCAGAUCGAACAUUUGGCAUGACGAAAUCUUCUAGAAUUUUAGGAGGUUACGAUCCUCUUGACAUCUCCGGGAGUUAUGUAGGACCAUCUAGGCGUUACUAUGACCAUCCCCAAACCGAUUUUGUUAUUACUGCUGCGCAAGAUUAUGCGGAUUAUUCAUACACGUUGCUGGGGAGUCACCCUGGCAACGUUCAGUCUCUCCCAGACACUGUUAAUGAGUAUCCAAGUUUCAUUCUUCAACUGACUCAUGAAAAAAAUCCCAUUUGCUUAAAUAUCAAUGGACAGUUGCAAAUACCCAUAACCCUGCUAACUGACACAGACAAAGGGAUCCAAGUGACUGGUAAGCUUGGAGAAAACAGAAAGUUUGUGGAGUUCAAUGUAAUCUAUCAGACACCCAAUGUGCAAAUCAACGUGUCAAUGGGAGAAAUUAUACUGAAUGAUCAGGGCAAUGUGAGCUCUUUCCCAUGGACAAAGGCUGCAUCUUUAACAACUAGAGGGUUGAGCUUUCUUAUUGAAAAGGAAAGGAGUCUUUCACUAUCAGGACCAGACGGUAUCACAAUACAAGUUUACUAUAUGAAGAACCCUCUUAAUUUCCUUGGAUUGCACUUCAAGAAUAGUGAACUUUUUUCUAACAACAUUGCUGGACUUUUUGGUCAGUUUUACUCUAAUAAACGUCUUCAAAGACACAGCAAUAGAAAGAAGAUGUUGACUGUACGAGGACAAUCAUAUAGUUUCACAAGGCAAAACAAGAAAGAUUACAGGAUUGAACAGGGAGCCAAUACCUGCUGGUCACUGGAUAUAACUCCUUGAAGAACAGCAUUUAAAGCAGUAAAAAUGUCCAUCUUUUGUAUUAAGUGUAACUAUUACAUUUCAUUUCAGUGAUAACUAUUAAAAUUGUAAAGGGA